AUGUCGUUUUCCGCUUCCGCUCAGAACUUCUACCUGGAGGAUGGCCACAUCCUCCGCGCCACUGUCCAGGACGAGGAGGGCAACUGGCAGGAGUCUGCCAUUGACCUCGAUGAGUUCAUUGGCAACGAAGAUGGCUGGUUCAUGUGGGAUGGUGUCAACUUCUCUCACUCUGCCAACAGCAUCCAGCUGGACGGUACAAUGCUGACCGCCGAGCUGCCGAUGCGUGAUGGAGGCUACCGUGAACGACAGGGUGUCAACCUGGACGACCGAAUCUCCAACCAGAACGGCCGACUGGUGUACAACUGA